AUGAGCUUACCCUCGGCUUCUGAUUCCUCUUUCCACACGUACACAACGUCAACAGUUGUGCCGAAGCAGUCAAAAGACGAAACACAUCGUGUUCGAACACCGCAACCGACACGAUUGGAAAGAGCGAAGCGGGCGAUCGAAGUCUUGGAAAGGCGUCUUGAAGAGAAUAAACGUGUCCGCGAGAGGGUCACUCAAAUAGAGGCGAAGCUAGAUCAAAUCAACAAAGAAAUGGACACUGCGUAUAUAAAGAUCAAAGAUGAACUCAUGUUAGCUGAACUUGGUCGACAGCAAACCGGUUCGGAGAGGUCGUUCUCCAAUGCCACUACAGUAUACGGCACUGACUAUUUGGAGAAGUCUCAACUAACGCCGCCAUCAUCCAUACCUGCACCGCGACACAUUGAUGCAUCGCUGGAACAACGAUUAAGUGGCAUGGAAACGUCUCUGAAACGACUCGACAACAUCGAAAGCGCUCUGACAAAACUCACCUCUCGUUUGGGUGCUUCCACUACAAAGACACCAUCGACUUAUACUGCCACCAAAUCAAAUGGAGAUGUUUACGGAUGUCACGAGAUCAGCGAAAUAUUUAGUCAGACACAAGCGGAGUUACAAAGAGCUCGUCUAGCCAUCUCACGGAUGCUCUCAAUGCCUCCAGUAUAUUCUAAGAUGCAGAACGCAAACGUAUCCGAAUGCAUUCGAGACCGUAGUGAACUCGACAUGCUAGCGAAAAUGAUCGACCGCUUCCUCAUAAAGCUCAGAAAUUCUAAAAAUGCUUAUCAAAAUGCCUGCGGUGACGCCAGCAACUGCAUAGUGUGUAGUAUGGGGACAACUUCAAAAACUUCCCGAUGUUCUUUUUACUAA